AUGACCUCUCAGGGAGGUGAGCUUCGCGGCCAUCCCUGCCACGGCGGUUUCUUGGGUCUCUGCAGCGCUAACGGCAGCAGCAGCAGCAGCAGCAACCAGCACCAGCACCUGCAGCAGCCAGACCUCUAUUUCCCUAGCAGUGUUCUAACACAAGCUGACCACAUACAGCAGCAGCACCAAGACUUUUUGCAGGCUGAGGCGUACAACAGGAGCCAUGCCGAGGGGCCUGUACUGUCUAAUCACGUGCACUGUAGUUGCAACUGUAGCUGCAUAUACUGCUGCGGAGGAAAAGAAGAUUACUACAACUCUGGACUUCAACCAGAAGUAGAAGCUGAGGGCUUCGAGGCUUCGAGUUUCUCCCCUGCACCUCCUCGUCAGCAGCAGCACCAGCACACAAGCGGAGCCUUUGAGCUCUGUUCAUGCAGCCAUCACUACCAACCACAGCAGCAGCAACAGCAGGAGUACCACCACCACCACCACCAUCAUCAUCACCACCACCAUUCCGGUGGUUCCCAAGCUUCGCAGGCGCCGCCACUCAACGCCCCCAACGUUGUCUCGGUUGACGAGCAGGCGGUGUUGCCGCUUUCCCCUGAGAAUGAAGAAGACGGAGAAGAGCCUGUAGAGUAUGAAUAUUAUGUAUGGGAUGCAGUAGCCCAAGAAUACGUUCAAACAGACCGGGAUACGGGGGAGAAGAUGUUGCAAGACCCCCAGUACUUUCAGUAUCACUACCGCCUCGUAGAAAAUACACAAGACGGAGAAACUCUGCUGCUGCCGGAACCACUGAAUGCUGUUCCUGGGCCUUGGAACGAAGAUAUGCAAAUUGGGUUUCAGCAGCAACACCCAAUUCAAAUGCCAGCGAGUCUUUACAACGAACAGCAGGAGAAUAUGAUGGGUCUUUAUUCGCAACAGCAAGAGGAGGCUGGUGCUCUUUACCCCGACCACGACGAGGAGGAAACCUGUAUUGUUAGUGCUGCGCAGAUGGAGCAGGCAGGCGAGAGAAGUGGCUGUCGGUUGAGUAACCCUCAAGUUGGUGGUGAGCUGCUGCAAACCCCCAACUCGCUGCUGACGACCCCGCGACAGGACCUGUUAAUGCCGUCGGUUUCAGCACAGAGCCGCUGCAGCAAGCAAGCACAGCAGCAGGGCCUCAGAAGAAGGUGUGAAGCUCCUGAGAAGGAGAAUAGUUACCCGCAGCCCACCGCCUGCAGCUCUCACCACAGAGUGCACCGCGACUGCGCUACAAAUUCAACUCUGACGGGACAUGUUGGGGGGUGGGGCCCUGGGGCCGCGAAUGCGCUUCACCGCCGGGGCAACAGGACGCCGAGGGCUAAGGGACUCGAAUGCAAGAACGACGGCUUGGAGACGCUUACUUCAUAUCCGCGGUUCUUCAUAUCCUGCAGCAGACCGUGGGAAAACCCUUCGGUAACCAUGCGAGACAGAGACCUGCAACUACGCCAACUACGACAUCUGCAGCGAGUGCAGGAGCUCGAAAGAGAUGAACUCUUUAGACGCCAGUUGAUGCUCGAUGAAAUGGCAGCGGCGCUUCCCAAGUCGUCGCAGCAUAUGGUGAAUGCAGAAACAAACAGAGCUUGCCGCGACACUAAGCGCUUCGCUACCGACGGGCGAACAAAGAAUAACAGUCGGCCGGCUACUCAGGGAUACCUGCGUGAUGCAGAACGCCGAAGUCGAACAGACCCGGUUAAUAGAGGACGCUACUUUAGGGACGUGUGGAAAAGUGACAAGUUUCUAGAGCAGCAGAAACACCCAACAUUCGACGUCAAAGCAUACGAUGCGUGGUUGAAAAACAGUGGACAUCUAAUCAGAGGCAGGGCUCUAGAGCUGCAGCAAGAAGAGCAAAGACUACUCUCCAAGAUGCAGCAAGAAAGAAGCACCCGUUUUAAGCGAUGCGGGUACUGA